UUUCGUUCAAAUAAUAGCAAAUACAUGCAAAGAAUUGCAAAGAAUUUUACAAAGGAAAUAAAAAUGUAUAUAAAUGCUUUAGUAACCUAUAGAUUGCUCCAAUGGCUAAAUAAUAUUAGACUAAUUAAAUGAAAUUUGACAUCAAAUUAACGUAGACUUAACAUCCCAAUCAUACCUGUUUUAUAUCUUUCACAAUAUCUUCAAAUUUGCUAUCAUUAUUCAAUAAUUCCUUCAACUCAUCGUUAUCCAGAUGAGACAAUAAACCCAACGCAGCGGGUAUAUCCGGUUCCUGGUUCGACUUGUACAUUCCUCUCCAAGGGCUUAACUUGCACAAGCUAGAAAGCGAAGAUCUUUUUAUCCGAAUGUAUUCGCUGUUUAUUCGAUUAUUUAUUAAAUUGCCCAACAACACGAAAAACGCAGUAAUGUACUGACAGAUACACUACAAAGAGCAUCAGGUCCCCUACAUUUCACAUCUGUCAGUCUGUCUUCUGCUCUGCCGGUAAAACGAUUUGACGUCAGUGAUCUGUCAGUGCUGUCAUCACGUGGCUGGGCGGGAAACUAAGCUGCAGUAACCGGUGAGCUUUUCAAAUGCAAAGCGCAGAGCAAAUCGAUCCCGCGAUGCGAUAGAAUAAGAUUUCUGACAGAAGAAUUCUCGACGCCCGGCGGACGAUUGCUGUCUGAUAGUCUGAUCACUGAGGAAGAGAAAAAUCGAGGAUAAAUAAACAAAGAGAUAUGGAAUCUGCGAUCGGACAUCUCGAGCAAAGCGUGCAGAAAGCUGAUGGAAAGUUGGACAUGAUCGCGUGGCAGAUAGACGCUUUUGAGAAAGCUUUCGAGGAUCCGGAAGACGAGAGGCCGGCUUGUCUCGCGACCGACAUGCGUUUCCUCGCCCUUAAUCUGAUAUUAUUAAUCGUGAACUUGCUGGUCGUUGGAGAAGUUUCCGCCCACGGAAGACUGAUAGAGCCACCCUCGAGGGCAUCCAUGUGGAGAUAUGGCUUCGACACGCCUCACGAUUACAACGAUCACGAAUGUUACUGCGGCGGCUUCACUAGGCAAUGGCAGCGAAACAAAGGGAAUUGCGGGAUUUGCGGAGAUGCCUGGGACUCUCCAGCGCCACGUGCUCACGAGACGGGCGGCAAAUAUGGAAACGGCGUGAUUGUCCGACGUUACCGGACCGGAUCCGUCAUCCCGGUCCGCGUGGAGUUGACGGCGAACCAUCACGGCUACUUCGAGUUCCGAACUUGCGCCAUGGCCUACCGCGAUCGGGAGGUCACCCAGGAGUGCUUGGACCAGCAUCUGCUGGCCGCCGAGAAUGGAACCACCCGUUACUAUCCUGGUCCUGGUAACCGGGUCUUCGAGGGCUACUUCAAACUACCAGAAGGUCUAACUUGCGCCCAAUGUGUCUUCCAGUGGCGAUACAUCGCUGGCAAUAAUUGGGGCGACUGCGGCAACGGAACAGGGGCGGUCGGAUGCGGGCCCCAGGAGGAGUUUCGGGCCUGUGCCGACAUUCUGAUCGGCGACAACGAAGCCGCGAUACCGCCUAGGCUACCGAAGCAGCCGACGUCCACGUCUACCUACGACGAAUCGUCGACGAUGGAACCGUCGCCGAAAACCACCGGGCCGUACUGGCUCUUCAGCGUUGUCAUCGCCGGUACGUGCCUGUUGGUGGUGCUGGCUGCUAUGGCGUUGCUUUAUACAUACUACUAUCACGCCGGCAGAGCCAAAAAGUGGCUCAUGGCGAGAAGAUCCCUGGUGCAGGAGAAUCCGCCGGUUGCCCCGCCGAGGCACAAAAGACAUCAUCACAUAUCGAACACGCAGCUGCAAUUGUAGAACUCUAUACUCGAUUGUCGAUGUGACACAUCUUGGAGAGGAUAGUUACAUUCCAAAUGGAUCAAUGUAUGAUAUUCUCGCGACGCUUGUAAUUUUCCUUCCUAAAUUCUGUAGUCAUCGCAGAUUCAAACUCAUGAAUCAUCAUCGAAUCGUGUAUCUCAAGCGACGUAUUAUUAACAUUUUUAUAUUAGGCUCACGUAUUUUCUUGUAUAUA